CUCUUCUUCCCCUCCUUCUAUCUCAUCCUUUCCUCGACAUUGCUUUUAGUUUACAAACUAAAUUGUUCCCCUCCGUGCUCCCCCCCAUCCCUUUCAUGUCGAAUGACAAGUAGCUUCAACACUGCAAGUGAAAGCAGGGGGGCCAGCAGCCUGAUCCAAAAGGUCUGGUUCCUCGCUGCAGGAGGGGAGCUGACCAUGGCUCGCGUCAGCUGGAAAUUUCGCACGCCGUGCUCUGGAGUGAAUGGCAGGCUAUACUUUAGCUGCGAUCCCAACCGUGCAUAUUCUUUGGGCUAGCUGCAGCUGGCGAAGUGUGUUUGCAGGUGUUUUGCUGAUGCGCGAUUCCAUUUCCCCACUAAGAUCGUUCUCAGAUCUCCAGGGUCGGAGACUAUCCUUCCUUCUAACGCAGCCGGUGCUGGCGCUAAAGGUGCCUUCUGUCCAGCGAGGUUCUCCGUUGGAAUUGGCCUUGAGUCCUGUGUGGGUAUGUGUGUAUCUGCUCCGGCCUUGUCUUGAACCUUGUUUAAUCAGGGCGACAAUCUGACGACCUCGGAGAAGAUUAUGUUGGUCAGGGAGG